AAAGAGGAGGGUGUAGUGUGUGAAAAAUAUUAACAAUGGAAGCAACGUUUUUGGCCAAGCGAGCUUUGUUCAACAUCCCAAAGUUCUUGUCUCAGGGUCCUCCUCCUAUCCAAUCUGCUAGAAGACUCACCAGGGCUUGCUUAUCCUCUGCUUAUGAACGUGCUGAAGGAAGUAAUGCGGUAGCUGAAGCGGAAGGGUCAUCGGCAGAUGAUGCACCGAGAGACAGUAUGUACGAGACAAAACACCCCUCGUUUGUCACCGGAGAAGGGCGGCCUCCAGGUAGCGCGACGAGCUUCGCGGCGGAUACGGCGAAAGAUGGGAUAAAGAAGGCAGUGGGGAUGGCGGAGAAUGUGGGGGAUACGGCUAAAAAGACCCUGGAUGGAGCUUGGAGAGCAGCCAGAGAUGGUGCACAAGGUAUUAAAGAACGUGUAGUGAACCAAAACGAUGAGGACGACGAGGAUGAUGAUGAGAUUGAAGAAGAUGUAGCAGUGGAUGAAAUAAGGAAAGUGGAUCAGCUUCUUGAUACACAAGAAUAUAGGAGUAUUGAGGAGUCGAAGAAGAUGCAAGCUUGAAAUUAUAUGUGGGAUGUUUUCGUAGAUCAUCUUUCACUUUUUAAUUCGCUUUGAAUGUUUUCGAACGAUCAUGCAAUGCAAAAUGAAGUAAAAUAAAAAAAAAUGUUCUAAUUUUUCUUUGGUA